CGCACAAGACAGUCCGUGAUCUGCUUUCAACCGUUUAACACCGCAGAGUCCCAACCGCGACGGCAGACUGGGAGACCGGCUUAAUCUGAGCAAUUUGUCGAGAUAAUUCGUUUAGAACGGUAUUAAUGAUCCAAACGUAGCUUUCUCAGUUACACGGUUUCACCUCAAGAGCCUCACGUCUUGUGAUCGGACACUAAGUCCCGCAAGGAUCGUUACGCACAACUUUUACGCACAGCCGGGACUUGAACAGACCUCGAUGCGCUUUCCAUUUUACCAGCAAUACGGAUUACACUACCACUUAUACUCGCACAGGUGUGAUUAUGGAAAGCGUCCGAACUGCAGGAAUGGAUGAAAGGACCCUCUUCUUAACCCACUGAAGCAAAACCCAACCGCACGGACGCAGGGAACUUGCCUGGAAUAGCGUGCAGAGCCGGGUGCCAAAAUGAGCACGCACUGGCAGAGCUGGAGGAUCUUACAGAUAGUCUUUGCAACAAUUACAGCAGUCAUUACACAAGAUUUGAGCAGUAAAGAACUUACCGACAACAAGAGCCCAGUGCCUUUCCCUGUCUUCUUGCCGGUCAGCUACGAAGUUAAGGAUGCCGACUACCUCUUCCUAAAAGAGGUAGGGCAGGACUUCAUGAGGAACUCCAGCAUGCAGAGCCACAUCCAGCCCUUUGUUAUUUUACGAGCCAGCCGCCAGCCGGUGGUCAACGCCAGCUAUCGCACCAUGUCCGCAGAGAAACCCGUGCCUCUAGAUAUGGUCCAGUCUGUGAAGCUCUUCAAUGCACCAGAGGUCUUUACCUUUAACUGGAAAAUCCAGGCCUUUGUCCUGACGCCUCGGGUUUUCUCCUCCAAGCCCAAAGUCAGGGUGCUCUUCUAUGUUGCAGGCAGGGAUUGGAACAGAGGGGAAGGCGCUCUGGAUGAGCUACCAUGUGUGACGGUGUAUGCGUUCUGGCAAACCCAGGAGGUGAGGGGUUCCUGUGCCAUAGGAGGUGAGAGGGGGACCUGCAUGGCCGAGCUGGUUCCUACACCUGGCUGGUUUGCUCCAGGGUCAGAGGGCACCAGUAGAGAGAGGCAGGAUCCAUCUGCUGGGAACCCUGUGGAGCUGUACUACCAGGCUCAGCCAAAAGUCAGAGGGAAGUGCAAUUCUGUGGAUGGAAGUCGGUGGGGGGGUUCACAGCAGCAGGCAGAGUUUAUUCCUGUCACUCCCAUGCAGAGGAUUGGAAGUGUGCGUCUUCUGCAGGUGCCUAAGGGGAUGGCAACGCUUUCGCGCCUCAAGCUCGGCAAUGCCAUUGUCAUACGGACAUCCUCCAAACCUCUAAAGAAGACUGACAUCGCCACCUUCUACAUACUCAUGGCCAGCUCUGCUCAGCUGACUAACUUCACUCUCAGAGCAACAGUAAGGAAAGGUGUGACCUUUCGAACAGUAACACCCAGUAACUCUUUACUGUGGGACAUCACUCUGGAUUUGAGUGUGGAUGGAGCCAUCGCUGUUAUUUGUCAGAGAAAGGCUCCCAUACCUGGGAAAAGGCUUGAAAGCAGUUUGUUGGAGGUACUUCAAAUUGAUUUUGAAGUUGAAGAAUUGAGCAGCCCUCUCGACAGCCAGGUAAUCAUAUGGAAGCUGGAGCUACCAUCCACAUCCAAAAACGGAGUCAAGACCGAAGGAGCCAUGAGGAUCUAUACCACUCAGAGAGACUUUGUCGGCCUAGCUCCUCUCAUAAUGGACACGGAGAUUCUGAACACCGCUGUGCUGACGGGAAAGAAGGUGGUGAUGCCUGUGAGGACGGUAGCUGUGGAGGAAGAUGGAGUAGUCACGGAUGUGUCUGAUUACACAGACUGUAGCUCCACUGAUGAAGACGUUCUCAAGGUGUCCGACAGGUGUGACUAUGUUUUCGUAAAUGGAAAAGAGGUUAAGGGGAAGAUAAAGAUGACGGUAAACUUCACCUACAGCUACCUGAGUGCUCAGCUCGAACUGAAUGUGUGGAUGCCCCGGCUUCCUCUCCAGAUUGAGGUGUCAGACACAGAGCUGAGCCAGAUCAAAAGCUGGAGGGUACCCAUCCUCACCUCAAAAAGAACUGGCUGGAACAGUGAUGAAGACGAUCGGAAGGGGAAGGGCUGUAUGCUGCAGUUUCAGCAUGCCCUUGUGAGGGUGCUAACCCAUUUCAUGGCAGAGCAAGAAGACCCCCGGGAUCCAAAGGCCUAUUUCCUGGGGUCUGAUUGGCAGGUGGAUGUCACAAGGUUGGUUCGAUACUUCAUGAAGGUGGAGGACACUCGAGUGGCAAGGCUACAGGCAGGAAGAGUGCUGUCGGGGAAAGACUUUGGGACCACUGCCAUCCAGGUGUUUUCUCCACUAUCUGAUGCCAUCUUGGCUAAAACAACUAUCAGAGUUGUGGAUGACAAAGUGACCAUCACAGAGCUGGGGGUUCAGCUGGUUACAGGGCUCUCCAUGACAUUACAGCUCAGUGCAGGAAGCAACAGGGCCAUACUGGCUACCACAACCACACAGGAGGUGCUACAGAGUCCCAAACAGGAAGCUUUGGUCAGUGCCUGGAUACAAUUCAGUGAUGGCAAUCAGACACCUCUUGACAUUUAUGAUCAAUCCUUUUUCCGUGUGACGGUGACCUCUCUAGAUCAGGGAGUGGUGUCGGUGCAGGGCACGCCACCAGCUGUGGCGGCAGAAGGAGAGGGCGAGGGAGUCUUGGUCAGAGUAGAGAUGUCCAUCUGUGAGGCCUGUCAGAAGUCCAAACGCAAAAGUACUUUUGCAGUAGGCAACGGCACCCUCAAGGUCAAAUUUCAAGCGAACACUAAGCGAUCAGAUGGAAUAUUCGACAGCAGUACUGUUAGCAACAAGGAAACUGACUAUGGGAACGAUGGGGAAGAAGUGGAGCGUCAGAGGAAGCAGAGAAAGCCGUCCCAGGAUGCUUCACCACGCAUGCCAAACUUAGACAGAGAAGAAAGCGCCAUACAGAAGAUCACGACCACUAUUAAAUCUACAGAAAGAACCCUGAUAACCAGCGGUAGCCUCGGAGGAGUGGGUAAGACCAGUAAUUCAGGAAACCCUGGUAGUCCUACUACUGUGGCUAAUGUCAGCCUAAUGAGCAGCCCUGGUGAGAACAGCAAAGGAUACGGGUCAGACAACAUGAUAGUGGAGGAUAUGAGCAGCGUUAGCUUCACCAGCACGGUGAAAGUUCCCAGGAAUCUGGUAAACUCCAACAACUUCCCCACCAAGGUGGAGACCCCUGGGCAGGGGACGACAGAAAUAGAAGUUGGUGGUGAAGAAGUUUUGGCAAACAGGCCUCUAACAGACUUAGAGAUUGGCAUGUAUGCUUUGUUGGGUGUCUUUUGCCUGGCCAUCCUGGUUUUUCUGGUAAACUGUGUCUCAUAUGUUGUUAAGUUCAGGCACAAGAAACCGCCCUCUCACGGCCAGGAACCCACAGGCCACAGGCACGACUGGGUAUGGCUGGGCACAGAUGCUGAGCUGGUGAUGAGCGUGCCGGGCAGCCCGGUCCAGCAAGACUCCCAAACUACAACCACUGUGAUAGACAUUGGGCCUGAUAAGACUGGCUCUCUUUCCAGGAGGCCCAGUUGUCUGGCCUCCGUCACAGAUUCUCCCCUCAGUUGCGUAGGCUCCCUCAGAGGCAAACCGAUGCCCACAGAGUCCCUCCACUCGCCCACCAGCAAGAGAAAGAGAGUCCAGUUCACAACCUUCUCCACACUAGAGCGCCAGCAUUCACCACAUCUCCCACCCAGAGAGAACGGCCAUGGCAUCCAUUGGGUUGGAAAGGAGGACAGCUGUGGGGAGGAACCUCAAGUGCCCAUCACAGAGCCUGGGGACCAGUUAUAAUAGAGAACCUGAUCAGACCUCACAUGUACAGCAGAUGUGGCUUUGAUCACCUCAAUGCCUUUGUCAACUCUGAAAACUCUCGAGAAUUUAUGAUUUUGGAAUUGCCCUCCUCUACAUUUCAUUACCUAUCAAGGCCUUUUACAUGUACUGUAUAUUAUUGUUAAUAUUGGAGAGUUAGAUGUGUGUGAUCGUGUUUGAGAUGGCCAAUUCAGACGGACUCCCUUUUCACACAAAGCCACCAAAUAUUAAAGCUGCAUGUGGAUAUCUACUUCUAAAUUGUUGCACUCACACGCUGAUGCAUACAGUACAAAGACACCCAGAGAAAGUGUCUCCAAAUUGAAAAUAUAUCCUAUAUCAGCAUAAUCUGACACUGAUUUCAGUAGACAUAUGGCUUUGAUUAAAAUAAUAAGAACCAAAAGGAGUGUUUUCUAUUAUGCAACAUAAAAUAUGUAUUUGUAAUUUUAAGUUGGGUUAAUUUUCAGUUGCUUUUUUAACAUUAAAACAGACUGAUCUUCAAU